UUAUUUUUAUGAAAAUAAUUUAAGUUAAAAACUAAGACGCAUAGUUUGGGUAUAUCCGCAAAGGCAGACUCAGUCACUCAGUCAGACUCCUGCGUUGUGAAAUGAAACCCUAAAAGCCAAUUCCGUAAACCCCAAACCCUACUGCCGGCGAUGAAUCAUUUAACCAAAUUUCUCAGCUCGCAUAUUUCCCGCCGCUUUUCUACAUUACCCAAACUUUCAAACUUCACCAAAAUCCCUUCCAAGUAUCGAUCCCAAGCUAUCCGAGAAGCUCAACAAGCUCUCACGGAUUACCUCCACUGUACUAGAUACGUCCCCUUCGUCUACGCCGAACACAUUGCUAAAAACUCUCUCUUUUCUCUCUCCGGUCUCAUCUCCGGCAUCGAUUUCUCCUCCACAAGUUUCAACGGAAACGUUCGCAAAUUACUCAGGUACCAUCCUAUUAACGAAUUUGAGUUUUUCUUUGAAAGUAUAGGCAUUGAUUAUAAGGAAGUUAGUGGACUUUUACCUUCCAACAAGUUCUUUUUUUAUGAAGAUGAGACUGUUCUGGAUGCUGCUUGUGCGCUUUCCGGAUUUGGGUUUCCUUGGAACAAGUUGGGUAAGCUUUAUAAAGAGGAAGUUUCGAUUUUUAUGAUAAGUUCUAGGGAGUUGAAAGCUAAGCUUUUUAGGAUUAAAGAAUGCGGCUUUAACACUAUUUCUGUGAUUGGUAUUUGCUUGGCUUUUCCUUAUGUGUUAGUUGGUGAACUGGAUGGGGAAGUUGGUGCCUUAUUGGAUGAUUUGAAAUGGAUUUUUGUAGAUUUUGAUUUGGGGAGUUGUGUUGAGGCAAAUGUAGAUGCUUGGUAUGAAAUUUGUAGGAAAAUGAGGGUGUUUUAUGAUCUGGGUUGUGACAAAGGGAAGAUGGCGGAACUGAUGGGUAGAAGUAAGAAUCUUUUUCUUCAGCAUCCAAUUGAGGUUUUGGUCCAGAAGGUUGAGUAUUUUUGUCGAUUCUCUAUUAGAAAGGAAGAUGUUGGUUUGUUGAUUCUUCAAAGCCCGGAGAUUUUGGAUUUUGAUUUGGAAACACCGGUGAUUUCAGUUAUGGGAAUAUUGAAACAUUUUGGAUUGAGCGCAGAGGAAAGGGAUUCCAUUACUCAAAAGUACCCUUAUGUGUUGGGGAGGAAUAAAAUGGCUAAUUUACCUCAUGUGAUGAGAGCAUUAAGUCUACAUCAGUGGUUCUUUAAUAAGAUUAAGGAUGGAAAUCAUCAAUUGCUUGCUAAUUAUGCCAUUAGUUAUAUUGAUGAAGACUUGGAUAUGGAUUUCAGAGAUAGUUUGGAGAGAAUUCAGUUUUCUAGAACCCCUGUCCAUACAAUGGAGAAGUUGAGGUUUUUGCUUGGUAUUGGGUUUGGAGAGAAUUCUUUGACCAUGAAGGUUUUAGCUCAUGUACAUGGCACUAGUUCUGAGUUGCAGGAAAGAUUUGAUGGUCUUCUUGGUACAGGGAUUGAUUUUGCAAAACUUUGUAAGAUGAUAAAGACGACACCAAAAGUUCUAAACCAGAGUCCUGAAACUGUAGAGCGGAAGGUGAAUUUCCUUCGCCAUGAAAUGGGUGUUUCUUUGGACUACCUUGAUAUAUUCCCAGCCUUUCUGUGUUUCAACUUAGAGAACCGGAUUAAACCCAGGUACAGAUUACACAAGUGGCUUACAGAGAAAGGUUUGUGUACUAGAAACUACUCCAUUGCAAGCAUAAUUGCAACUGGUGAAAAGAGUUUUGUUGCUCGUCUUUAUCGAAUUCAUCCAGAUGCUCCAAAACAAUGGUUUGAGAAUUUCUCACCCAAUAAUAGUAGCUAAGUCAAUACGAAAUUGUUUAGGCUUGGUUUUUCAAAAAUUAUUUUUGGAUUGAUAUCUAUUUUUCAAGUGAGAUAGAUGUCUUUCAUCUCUGUUCAUAUCUUGCAACAAUAUGGUAUAUGCAUUUUCUCAUUAGUGAUCAACCAGCCUUACUGUAACCUGUGCAUAUAACACACAAUGUAAUGGAAAGAGUGAUGAGGAUAUGUCACAGGAAGUAUGAGCCAUAUGACUAUUCUAAUAGCUGUUCAUUGCAGGAACAUUACAUUUGCUUUGAGCUCUUUUAUGAAUUCAUUAUGUACCUUGAAAUGGUUGAAACAUUAAAUUCAUUUGGACCAAUGAAUUGUUCAAAUUCGAUUAGUCCAGUGUAGCUUGUGAAUGGCUUCUUUUCUAAACCAAGGAUGCUUGCAGACGAAUGACAUGCUGUUGCCAGAACAGAUGGAUCGAUGUGCUCCAGUUUUUUUUUUCGCAUUAAUGGGUCUAAAAUUGUGACCAAUCGUAUCAUUUACAUCUUUUUGUCCAAACGAGUGAAUAUUUUUGCUUGAAGCUUCCGUUCAGGUCCAUGUUCAAUCAGUAAGGACUCUCAUCGCCUGGUGUUCCCAUGUGGCCUUAAAUUGUAUUUUCUGGAGCAAUUAGUUACCGUUCUUCUUUCAUGAUGAAAUAAUGGAGUUUAAUUUUACAUGUUCUUCACAUUUUUUGGGUUCCAAACAUGCCCUUCACAUUUGAACUAAGGCUAGCUAGUAGUUCUUA